AUGAGUUAUUAUGAUGAAAUUUGGAUUGAAGAUGUAAAAGAAGUUUGUAAAAUUGAAAGAUUAAAAGAAGAUAAUUUUGCAAGUAAAUUAAGAGUAGAUCCUUUAGCAAAAGAAGGAAUAUAAGAUCUUCUAGUAUCAUUAUAUAUAUAAAUUAAGAAUGUUAGUUAUUAUCAGAUCUAAAUGAAUUCAAUUGUCUUCAUAAUAUACUUAUUAGAUAUUUGAGGAAAUAAAUUUACACUCAAAUUGGAUCUCCAAUAUUAAUAUCAAUAAAUCCUUAUGUUUUUCUACCAAAUAUUUAUAAUUAAGAAACUCUUGCUAAUUAUAGAGUUAAGUUAGGAUAAUAUUAAAAAACAUUAAAAAGAAGUAUUAGAGAAAAUGAAUUUGAACCUCAUUUAUUUAAAAUUGCAUAAUUAUCUUUGGACUAAUUAUUUGAAACUCCUACAAAAGAAUUAAGAAUAUGUUCUAUGAUGAUAUCAGGGGAAAGUGGAUCAGGAAAAACAGAAUCAACAAAAAUACUUUUAAAAUAUUUGGCAGCAGAAUCUAAAAGUGGUUUAUUUAAUACUAUUUAACAUGGAUAAACUAUUUAAUAACAAAUAUUUGCUUCUAAUCCUGUUCUUGAAGCAUUUGGUAAUGCUAAGACUGCAAGAAAUGAUAAUUCUAGUAGAUUUGGAAAAUUUAUGCAUUUAUAUUUUAAUCCAGAUAUUAAAGGUGUAAGUGCAGCUAAAAUAGAUAAUUAUUUAUUAGAAAAAAGUAGAGUUGUUAAGAUAAAUAAACAAGAAAGAAAUUAUCACAUUUUUUAUUAAAUUAUAGCAUUUUAAAUACCAGAAUUAAGUAUAUAUAAAUAUUAAUAUAGAAGGACUUAAAUCUCCUUAUUAAUAUGAAUAUUUAAAUGGAGGAUAUCUAUCUUCUUUAAGAACAGAAAAAUCUGAAUUUGUAGAAACAGAUAAAUGUUUAGAUAAUUUAAAUUUUAGUCCUAAUCAAAAGAGAUAAAUUUAUCAAACUAUAGCUGGAUUGUAACAUCUAGGAAAUGUUAAAGUUGAAUAUGAUUCAAAAAAAUCUACAUUGAGACUAGAUGAUUCACUUAGAUUUGCAUCUUAUUUACGAAGAAUUCAGAUUCAAAAACUAGAAGAUCUAAUAUGUAAAGUGAUUACUUCUGAUGGAAAAGAGAGAGUGUGA